AUAAAACUCUAAAAAGAAACAAGAAGAAGGAAUAGCAAGAGCUUGUUGAGGAGACGCUUUCUUCUGCUAUACACCGCUUCGUCGUUGCUACGGUGCUUAGCCUUAGCCACCAUUCCCCGUUUUUGAUUCCGUUACCGCUUUCGUCCCCUCAAUCGUAUAUAAAGAAAUAAAUGAGCAGCGGGGGAAGAGCUGGGAAACCCAAAGAGGAGGAACAGGAUGGCAUGUCUGUACACUCUCCCUGCAAGCUUCCUCCUUCCUCUGCUUCCUCUCUCCCCAAGGAGCAAGCACAGGUUGAACUGGAGCUCAGAUUGUUAGAAGCUCUUGAAAUUUAUCCUCCAAUAAAACUACAAGGAGUACAUCGCCAUUUUGUUCUUUAUGGUCUGAUGGAAUUUCUAAGGAGGAGUUUUGACAGACCCUUCUCUUCUGAGGAGGUCCUUCAAUUGCUGGAUCGGUUCUACAACUUAGAAAUGCUGAAAACAGAUGAUGAUGAGAUUGAAAUGCUUAAUCAUGAAGAAGAUUUUUGUUUGCCUCAGAGUUUCUUUGUCAAGGAAGAAUCCUGAGCAACAAUUUUUGGAGUAUAUACGCUUUUAUUUGAACCACUGUUAACCUUUUGAUGUGUAAAGUUGGUUAUUCCAUUCUUGCAUACCCUCUUCCCUCUUGGGGCUAGAUAAUGCUGCGGUGGUACUUCUUAUGCCGUAGACUUGUUAAGUUGGGUGGCUAUUAUCAUGUAUAUCUGCCAUGUUUCGUUGGUGGUUCCAGGAUCUUUACUCCAGUUUAAUACCCUCAGUUUGGGCUGCAUGAUGUACUUAUCUGCACUGAUUUGGAUAUAAUGCAUUUAGAUUUUACAGUAUAUUAGUUUUUUUCGAUGAUGAUAUGCAACUGUAAG